UAUUAUUUUAUAAAUGAAAGUUUCUAUUGUCAUCCUCUUGAUAAGUUUAGGUGUUGCUAAUUGUGCUAUUGAAGGAUUACUUAAGCAAGACGAACCUUUAAAGCAUGAAUAUCCUAAACAAUUCAGCUUUAAAUCUGUUGAUAACGGCUGGGGAACCCCAACAACCUCCUACAUCAUUAAAGUAGACGGUGUCAACGACAUCCUCUCCAUAAACAUGCACUACAAACUCAGAGACACCUACGAAAACAUGACCUACAUCUACAGUGCUCCUCACAACCAAGUCUACUGGUACUUCCCUGGAAAACCCUACAGUGAAGACUCGUGCUACAAAAGAUCUGGUCUGACUCCGUACACGGGGAUCGGCAAGAUGAUCGAAGAAUUUUCAGCCAAUGAAGUGGUAGUAGAUGAAUUUGAGAAGGACGGACAUCAUAUUGUGAGAUCUGAGACCAGUGUUGGGGGAGUCUCGGAUUUUAGAAUUGUGAGAUCCGAUGGAGAGAUAGUGCUCCUAGCGAAAGGAAGCGGAGAAGAAUGGCAAGUUUUCGAUGUCAACGAAGAUGGGAUUAUAUCAGAAUCCUUUGAAGUUGGAGAUAUGGUACCUGAAAAAUGCCAAAAUAUUGAAUAA